AGAAUGACUCCUGAGAAUGAUUCAGUCCGGUGAUGGUUCACAUGUGUUCAAGGUUUCUUCUCUAUAACGUUUAGUAAGAAUUAAGAGAAAAAAUCAAGUAUACAGAUUACCCAAGUAAGAUGCCUCCACGCAUUGAUGAUGUGAUGAAGUUAUGCUGUGAGCUGUCUGCAAACCAACAGAUAAAGACAACAGUAAAGCAGUCUGGUAAAGGGGCGAUGACGGCUGGUGGACUAGCAUUUGCUGGAGGUUUGGUUGGUGGACCACUUGGUAUUGCAGUAGGAGGUGCUGUUGGAGGACUUUUGGGAUGCUGGAUGACAAGUGGUCAGUUCAAACCACUUCCUCAGAUCAUCAUGGAAAUGACGCCCCAGCAGCAGCAGAAGCUCUAUGAGAAUAUCAUGGUCACCAUGGGCUCGAUAGAGUGGACUGAUGUAGCCCAGUUACUGAUUAUAGUACAGGGGAGCACGUCACUUCAACAGCGAGUUACCGGUGCAUUAAUGGACUAUGUUCAGAAGGAGCUUCAGGCUGAGGUACAUUAUGUGGAUUGAACCAAAUGAGAGUCAAGGCCAGUUUGACGAGCUGCAUCCAGAUAUUUAUAAAGAAUGUACCAGGAGAGAAUGUUGCAUCUGUAGUCUGGACUGAAGCUUAUUGAAAAAAGCCAAAAACUGAAGAGAAUUGAACACUUUGCCUAUUUAUUGUAUGAAACCUGUGGUUUACUAAUCAUGUAUUUUGACAGCAAUGUGUGUUGUGAUGAGAGAUACACUACAAGACAAUUUUAGGAACUGAUGUGAUGAUUUUGAACUGUGCAAAAUAAAAUGCACUGUUAACUUAAA